AUGGACGUUACGCGUAUCUUGGGCAUUUCUCGUAAUGUCAGAGUUGCUGAUGUGAUUCGUGAUGGAUCUUGGGUGAAUCAUCACGAAUCUUGGGUGAAUCAUCACAUCAGAGUUGCUGAUGUGAUUCGUGAUGGAUCUUGGGAAACCGCCUCCUCCUCUGUCCCUUCAGCUCCUGGGGGUUUAGAAAAUUAUGGUUGA